AUGAAUAACACCUCUCAGAUUGUGGAAUGGGCUUUUGGCAAGCGCAUGACCCCCGCGGAGCGUCUGCGCAAACACCAGCGUGCCUUGGACCGAACACAGCGUGAACUAGACCGCGAGCGGGUCAAACUAGAGAACCAAGAGAAGAAGUUGGUCCAGGAUAUCAAGAAGAGCGCCAAAAAUGGCCAAGUCGGAGCCUGUAAGAUCCAGGCCAAGGACCUGGUUCGGACGCGGAGAUACAUCCAGAAAUUCUAUCAGAUGCGCACGCAGUUACAAGCUAUAUCUCUGCGCAUUCAAACCGUGCGAAGCAAUGAGCAGAUGAUGCAGUCUAUGAAGGGAGCCACGAUGCUUCUGGGUAGUAUGAACCGACAAAUGAACCUACCAGCGCUCCAGAGAAUCGCGAUGGAAUUCGAACGAGAGAACGAUGUUAUGGACCAACGACAAGAGAUGAUGGACGAUGCGAUUGAUGAAGCUACAGGAAUGGAAGGCGAAGAAGAAGAAGGAGAAGACAUUGUCAAGGAGGUGUUGGACGAGAUUGGUGUCGAUCUGAACCAAGCGUUUGGUGAAACACCUGCAGACAUACAGAAAGCGCCAGCUAAUGAAACACGGGUUGCGCAAGCCAUCGGGGGUGGAGGCAAUACAAGUGACGAUGAUCUCCAAGCCAGGCUGGACAGCCUUCGACGAUAA